AUGUCAUUUAUUCCAAUAACAAAUCUGUACAGCUUGCAUGCCUUCAUCUUGGGCACCAACCACAUCUCUUCACUGCAGCUUCCUCCCAGCUUUCCCACUCAAAACCUCAAAUAUGUUGACUUUCAAAAGAACAACAUAAGAGCAAUCACAGCAGAAGAUAUCUGCAUUCUGCAGAAGAUCAGCUUUAUCUUUAAGGGCAAUGACAUUAUAUACAUUGAAUCUGGAGCUUCCCAGUCCCUUUUCUACAGUUUGGACUUUAGGGGCUGUGCUGACAUCUCUGAGGUCCUGGCAAGUAUACAGAACUUCACAGCCCAGACCCUUUGGCUGGGAACAUUUCACGGUGUGCAAAAGAAUCCCUACAUAAGCCCAAAUGUUUUACAAUGCCUCUGUAAUAUCUCUGUCAAGGAUCUCUAUCUGCAGCUAUGGCAAUUCCAAAACCUAAACGCUGACAUAUCAGUGCUUGACCAGGCUUUGAAAACUAGACCUAACUCAAACCCACAUCAAAGCACUGUACCAAGCAUCAGUGGCAUGAUCUCACUAGUUCUCAAUGUGAAUUCCUUUGAGCACCUCCGCAACAUCAGCUCUGCUGCCUUCACCUCUCUCACCCACCUCUACAUCAAGGGGAACUUGCAGGUCCUGCAGCUGCACUAUGGCUGUUUGGAGAAAGUGGCAAAGCUUCAUCAUCUUGAUUUAAGCAAGAGCAUACAGAAAACAGACUGCUCGAAUGAAGCACUGAGUGGUCUGAGCAGUCUUCGCUACCUCAAUCUGAGCCAUAACAUAAAGCUCCACCUCCAAGACCUGCUCAUUAAGGAUGAUGCUAACCUAGAGCUGCUGGACCUAGCUUUCACUCCUCUUCAUAUCAACACCUCUCAGGGUCCUUUUCGAAAUUGACAUCUCUUGCAAUUGCUGAAUCUUUCUCUUCCCACAUAAACUCAACACCUCUUUCAAGGCCUGGAAAACGUCAUGCUCUUGGACCUUAGUCAAAAUACCUUUGAAUCAGGGGUCAUGCCAAAGAACAAACUGUUCUAACAGCUAUCUAAUUUAGAGGUGCUAAUUUUAUCACCCUGUGAACUGAUAGCAAUAGGCAACCAAGUAUUUCACAGCCUCAAGAAGUUACAGCAUGUUGAUCUAAGCAACAACAACGUAGAGUAUUCAAGCACAGAUGUAUUUUCAAGCCUCAAGAGCAUCUACCUAAAUUUUGCCCACAACAGGAUCCAAAUUGUACCACAUAACAAGCUAGUAUCCCUAGCUGGACACUGUGGAAUCAAUUUAAGUGGUUGCAAAAACAACCCUCUGGACUGCACCUGCUCCAGUAUUGGUUUAAUCACCUGGUAAAAGCAGAAUCUGGAUAAAAUUGAAGACCCUGAGUGUCCUCUCUGCUUUCUUAUUUGUCUGCAAAAUGCCAUUCAUGACACUAUGUAA